CCAGUUUUCGCUCCGGCUGCCCGGGCGCCACAAGGACAGCAGCAGGUCUCCUCGCCACGUCUGCCAGCGCAAGUGGCACCAUGACGCCAUGUUGGGCUGCCCUCUGGGAUCAGCAGGAGCAGCAGGUGGCAACUCCAGCCUCCUGCCGUGCUUCUGGCUCAGUGCGACGAUCUGUGGCCAUGCUGCCAUUCGGCGAAGCUGCAGAAGCUGCUCGACGCCUGAGAAUCGCACGCAGCAGCACAACUGGCGUCAUUGAGGAGGGAAUGUAUGUGCCCCGACCUGCCGGCGUGCUGCCCUUCGGCGACGCUGCGGUGGCUGCUCGAUGCCGGAGAAUCGCACGCAGCAGCACCGCCGCGAGCACCGCUCACUUCGCCACGUGCAUCGCAUGCUGCAGCUGCUGCGCAUCCAGCUGACCAGUGUUGCCGAACAAAGUCACGUGGGCUACUCUUUCCCUAGAAAGAGUACGCGUGCCUGGCCACGAAGUUUAUGUUAUCGCUUUUGCUUUCGGGAUCCGUCACUUUUUGUUCUACUACUUCUUUUAUAUAACAAUAAAUAUAGUUUUGAUUGUCUACUCGCGUUGCGUCUACGCUAAAACGCUGUCGUUAUGCGAGAAGAGAUGAUUUCAAGCUGUGCCGAAG